GCAAGAUGAACGAAGCACUGCAAGCCAAGAACUAGAAUGUGAUGAUAGGAGAUCACAGAGAAGGCGAGAAGAAAGAGCUUCUUACAAAGAAAGAGAAGCUUAUGAUCAGUCAUCACGGCAUCAUCAUAACACGUCGCAAAGGGACAGGAAGUGGGAAAAGAAUGAUUAUGUUAGUCCUAGACAAAGCAAAUUCUCACACUCUCAGAGAAACCUUAGUAUAAAUAGACACUCAAGUGGCCCAAGGGGGCACUUUGGGUGGCACCAAAAUGUUUCGGGAAGCUCUCCAAAUGGGUAUAAUCUUGGGAAUUCUGGAAAUGUUUGGCAUUCAAGUGAGCGGAGAGGAAGAACAUCAAAUUGGCAUCACAGUCCGAGGGAGAGAAAUUCUACUUGGCAUUCAGAAGAAACAGGUCAUUUUUCUAGCUGGAAUUCCGAGAGUUAUGGAGGAAACUGGAAACCUAGACUGCAUGGUGCAAAUGGCUGGAAUUUUGGAAGCUUAGGAGAUUCGUAUUCAUCAGAGCCAAUUAAAUAUAAGGAAAGGUACCCAUGGCCCGAGAAAGGCAAUGUUCUGCCAUACAGAAGUAGAAAAAAUAGGAGUGACUUCCUCGAUUUUACUAGUGAUAAGCUUGCUUCUGAGGGGGCAUUGGAUUUUGUUACAUUGAAGCAACCAGAAAGCAAAACUUCAAGAGCCAAUGGAAAAAGUGUCAGUCCUUCCAGAGAUAAAACAUAUCGUUGGACUCCUUACCCAUCCCAGAAAACUACAGAGCAGCAACCACGGUCUGAAGAUAAUAUUUCUAAAACUCCAGAUAAAAUAGAUUCUGUGCUUACGCCUCUUGCUGAUUCAUUAAUGAAAGGAAAAACUUCUGAAACCAGUGUUAGUCUUUCAAAAGUUAAAAACUUGGAAGCAUCUUCCCCUUCUAAUGUAACCUCAGAUCACCUUGAGUCUCACAAGGUAAUGAAAGACUGUUCCAGUGGUGACAAGACUGACAGAGAUGAUAGCAGAAAUAAUAGGAUGCCAUCACUGAAAUCCCCUCUUCUGAAUAUCACAGAUGUGAAGUUAUCCUUGCCAAAGCAAGACACACACAGUCUCUUAAAAAAUGUCAAGCUCCUGUUAUCCUCAACUAAUGGUGAAGAGCAGAAUCAUUUGAAUGCAGUGAACUUGGAAAUAAACAGUUUCCCCUCUUGUUCAUUCAAGCUGCAAGGUGCUUGUGCUGGUAACUUACAAGACAACAAAGAUUUGCUUGGUAGCAAUCUUGGAGAGCCUGUUAAUAAUUUAAGUGAAGCAGAACAAAAUCCCAAAGAUGUUCAGUCCAACCAUUCCUUGCAAAAUUCUGCCUUAAGCUCUUGCAAGGAUGGAAGUGACCAGAAUAAGGAAGAAACUGAGAAAGCAUUGGCAAAGAAGGAAUUCAGACUAGAUUCAUUAGAAGAUGUGAGCCAUGAUGAUUUAAUGGGGAGUGAGAAGUCAGAAGCAAGAGUUGAAAAGUCAGGUUCUUCUGUUAGUUCUUGUUUACCCUGUACCAUUCCUGAAGGUAAACCUGCCACCUCUGAAAAGAAAGAUGGUGAAAAGCCAUCUGCUUCAAGUAUUGCUUCUGUUAACAUAAAAGAUUUUACAUUUCAGAUAGAAUCCACAGUUUCUCUAUCAAGUGGUCAGGACCAUUUGCAUGUGGAUUUGAAAACGUCCACACAGGAUGGAGAAGGGAAUGAAGAGUGUGCCAAGUCACAUGAUCACUUCGAAAUGGAAGGUUUUGACAAUCCUUCCGAUAAUGAGCUUCAAAAAGGAGGAAGCCAGUCAGUGGGCCUCGUUCCUGACUUAAGCAAACUUGGUUUUCCUGCCUCUCUGCAAAGAGACCUGACACGACAUAUUAGUCUGAAGAGCAAAACUGGGACACAUCUCCCAGAGCCCAAUCUCAAUAAUGCACGGCGCAUUCGGAACGUGAGUGUGCAUCGGAGAAGUGAGACUGAGAAGGAGUCAGGGCUUAAACCCACCCUCAGGCAGAUUCUUAGUGCUUCCCGACGAAAUGUAAACUGGGAUCAGGUCAUCCAACAGGUAACCAAGAAGAAGCAGGAACUUGGCAAAGGUUUACCAAGGUUUGGCAUAGAAAUGGUGCCUCUUGUUCAAAAUGAGCAAGAAGGUCUAGAACUCAGUGAAGAAUCUGAUCUGUCCACUCUAGAAGGAGUCCAGUGGGAAGGGAUUUCCUUAGCAGUGUCUGGUUCAGCCAGAAAACGUAGCUUCUCUGAAAGCAGUGUCAUAGCAGACAGAAAUCCUUCUGCUUAUAGCUUUUUCAGUGAACAAGGUAAAAUAAAGGAAAGUGGGCAAAAGCAAAUAACUGCAGCCAGCCACUCGCAUCACAUAACGUCUGGAUAUGAGGCAAGCACUGACAUUGAAGUGGACCACAGACGGGAGACAUCAUCUCUUUCUUUGUCACCUUUUCUGUCUGAAAGAACUGAGACUAAUGGAAGAAGUCACAGCCUACAGGCCUCCUCUGAGAUCACAGGCCUCACGAAACAAGAGCCGGAGAGCCCUGAGAAGAGAACACCUCUUCAGGAGAAACAUAAUAUACUGGAGAAUUCAGAAGAAAAUCGUCCAGCUUCAAACAGUGCUUCGCUUCUUGCAGUGUCUAAUAACAUAGAUGCAGCUACAGACAGUAGCUGCACAUCUGGUACUGAGCAGAAUGACAGCCAAGGAAUUGGAAAGAAGCGAAGAGCAACUGGAGAGGGAUCUUCUCCUGAAAUCCCUAGUCCAGAAAGAAAGAAUAAGAGAAGAAAAAUCAAAGGUAAAAAAGAACGUUCUCAGGUAGACCAGCUGUUGGCUGUUUCACUGAGGGAAGAAGAGUUAAGCAAGUCCCUGCAUGGUGUGGACAGCAGUCUCUUGCAGGCUAGGUCUGCCUUGCAGGCUGCGUAUGUUGAGGUUCAACGGUUGCUUGUAUUAAAGCAACAGAUAACCAUGGAAAUGAGUACACUGAGAAGUCAGAGAAUCCAGAUCUUGCAGGGUCUCCAAGAAACAUUUGAACCUUCUGAACUCUCAGAGCAUCUUUCCUGCAGCGUCUUAAGUGAGAGAAGAAACAGCAAAUCUCAGACAACAGCUGAUUUAAUUCCUGCAGGCUCCCUUUUGGACACUUUGUCUUCUUCUGUACCUCCAGUAGGAGCUUCUGUUCAUGUAAACAUGCCGUCACCAUUCCAGUCUUCUGGCAGUACACCUGCUGAUACUCCUGACUCCUCAGUGCAAGUUAAACGAGAACGUGUGUCUCCAGAAGUCUCAGAAGAUAAUGUGAAUUCUGUACUCCAGAGCUCUCCAUGUGCUUCACGAGCAGAAGAGGUGGAACAGAAGGGUGAGACCACCCAGAAAACUUCAGUGUAUCCAGUUAUCUGUGCAACCAUAUCUCUACCAGAGCUGGCAGCUUCUUUCCAACACACUAACCAAGAUAUCCACAAGCCUGCUGCAAACAGAGGAACGUCUGGCCUUCCUGAGAACCCUUCUCCUCAUUCACUGUCUGUGUUCAGCAAGAGAGAGGCAGAUGAUACAGUGGCUGAAAUAUUUUUACGGGAUCAAUGUAGCACAUCUCUUUCAAAGCAUUCAGUUCUUCUAGAAAUGCCAAUGGAUAAAACACCCAAAUUGUCAGCAGAACCCUCUGAGCAGCACUUGGCAACCACUGUAGUCCCAGCAGAAAAAGGGAACAGGAGGAGGAGAAAGUUAAGAAAGAAAAAAACUCUGAGGGCAGCUCAUGUUCCAGAAAACAGUGAUACAGAGCAGGAUAUGAUUGACUCCAAGCCUGUCCGGAAAGUCAAGGGUGGAAAGGUUCCUAAAGGAGAAAAAGUUACUACAUCUAUUCCUUCAAGAGAGGAGGAUGGAGUUAAUGCUCAAACAGCAAGAAACAAAUGUGAGAAUGACAGUGAUGCUUCUUUGGAACUAGUGGAAGUUUCAACACCUCAGUGUGAGGUAGUUGAUGUUGGUUCCUCAGAGUCAGGAGAUGAGAAACCAGACAGCCCAUCAAAGAGGGAUUCACAGAGCUCUGUGCAUCAAGCAGUCCUAGAGGCUUCUUGCUCUGGUUAUGAUGAAGUGAGCUCCACCAGUGAGAUUGACACAAAUUAUCGGAAUGAUGGGAAAAGAAGUGUGGCUGAGAUACAAUCUUCCGUAUCACCACUAAGAGGAUCAAAGAACUCCUCAGAAGCAUCUUCAGAGCCAGGUGAGGAUGAAGAACCUACGGAGGGAAUCUUUGAGGGACACCUGGCUGCAGUGAAUGCUAUUCAGAUUUUUGGGAAUUUGUUGUAUACCUGCUCAGCAGACAAAACUGUUUGUGCCUACAAUCUCGUUAGCAGGAAGUGUGUGGCCAUCUUUGAAGGACAUACUUCAAAAGUGAACUGCCUUCUGGUCACUCAGACAAAUGGGAAGAAUGCUGCACUCUACACUGGCUCAAGUGACCACACUAUCAACUGUUACAAUAUCAAGACCAAAGAGCGCAUGGAGCAGUUUAAACUGGAAGAUCGAGUGCUCUGUUUACACAGUAGGUGGCGGAUCCUUUAUGCAGGUCUGGCAAAUGGCACUGUGGUUACUUUCAGCAUAAAGAAUAAUAAACAAAUUGAUACCUUUGAAUGCCAUGGCCCUAGAGCAGUGAGCUGUCUAGCCACAGCUCAGGAAGGAGCACGCAGGUUGUUGGUCGUGGGCUCCUAUGACUGCACCAUCAGUGUGCGAGACGCACGCAACGGGCUGCUGCUCAGAACCCUGGAAGGUCACAGCAAGACUAUACUGUGCAUGAAG